AUGGGACGGAGCUGCUCCUUCCUCCUGCUCCUCUUCCUCCUGGCCCUGUGGCCCAGGGCCACCGUGUCGUUCCUGCGGCACCGCUACACCUGCGGAGAGCUGGGAAUGCAGCUCCUGGUAUUCCCGUCCCACGGCCGCUCCGUCCGCUUCAAGGUCCUGGACGAGUUUGGGACCCGCUUUGACGUGGCCAACUGCUCCAUCUGCCUCCACCGGCUCAACUCCGGGGAGGAUGGAUCUGUCAUCUUCUCCUCCGGAUACAAGGGCUGCCACGUCCUGCUCCAGGGGAACCGCUACGUCCUGAGGGUGCAGCUGGAGGAGCUGCUUCCCAGCGGGAUCCUGCUCACCUCCUCCGAGGUCAACAUCACCUGCCCGAAGCCGGGUGGCUACGAGACGCUCCCGGACAGCAUCCCGGAGCGGGGCCGGGAUAGCGGAAUCCUGGUCUCCCACACUGGUCUCCAGCACCAUGUCUCCCAGUCCUCCCUCACCCUGACAGGAUCCCACACCCACUCGGAGCAGCUUCACACUGUGGCACAGAAUGGGCCCAGCUCGGUGCUUCCCGGGAUUCCACCCCAGUCCAACCCAGUUCGCCCAGGGCUUCCGUCCGAGUCUACUGGGAUUCAUCCCAUCUCCAAUAUCCAGGGAGGCUUCAAUCACCCGGGAGUGCAGCCCCUCCGCCCUGGGGGUCAGACCCAGCCAGGGCUUGGCCCAGGGCUUGACCCAGGGCUUGUAUCCCAAAAUCCUCCCAGUUGGAGGCUUCCUGGGGGUCAAACUUGGCCAGGCCUUCGCCCAGAGUUUGUAUCCCAAAACUCUCCCAGUUGGGUGAAUCCCGGGAGUCAGACUCAACCAGGGCUUCGCCCGGGGUUUGUGUCCCCAAACCACCCCAGUUCGGUGAAUCUCUGGGGUCAAAAUCAACUUCGUCCAGGGCCUGUAUCCCAAAAUUCUCCCAGUCUGGUGCAUCCCGGGAGUCAGACCCAGCCAGGGCCUCGCCCAGGGUCUGCAUCCCAAAAUUCUCCCAGUUCAGUGUAUUCUGGGAAUCAAAAUCAACCAGGCCUUCGUCCAGGGUUUGUAUUCCCAAAUCCUCCCAGUUCGGUGCAUCCCGGGAGUCAGACCCAGCCAGGGCCUCGCCCAGGGUCUGCAUCCCAAAAUUCUCCCAGUUCAGUGUAUUCUGGGAAUCAAAAUCAACCAGGCCUUCGUCCAGGGUUUGUAUUCCAAAAUCCUCCCAGUUCGGUGCAUCCCGGGAGUCAGACCCAGCCAGGGCCUCGCCCAGGGUCUGCAUCCCAAAACUCACCUGGCUUGACCCCUGCUGGUGCUCACCCUCCAGCAGGAUUCCUGCGCCCAGGAUCUCAGCUCCCAAACCAGCCAGGAAUGGCUCAGCCCGGUUUUCUUUCCGGCUCCCAAACUGCGCUCCCGAGCCACACUGGGCUGAUCCAUCCCGGCCAUCCCAGUCCGGCUUUAGUGCGCCCGGGACUCUCAUCCUGGUCGGGUUUGAUCAGCCCUGGACUCCAGCCUGGAUUGCUGCAUCCUGGGAUCCACAAUCCGCUCCAGCCCACGGCACUCUUCUACCCUUCGGGAGGGGCAGGAAUGCAGCUGACGCGGGAGCAGUGCCAGGUGCCGGUGGGCCGGAUGCCGUGCGUGGCUCCGCAGGGACGGGACGGGUGCAUCCAGGCGGGAUGCUGCUAUGACGACACGGAUCGUGCCACGCCCUGCUACUACGGGAACACGGCCACCGUGCAGUGCCUGCGGGAGGGGCAGUUUAUCCUGGUGGUCCCGCGGGGAAUGGCCGUGCAGCCCUACAACCUGGACAGCGUCCGGCUGGCCGGCAGCCAGGCGGGGUGUGAGCCCUUCCGCGUCACCGAGAGCUCCGUCAUGUUCCGCUUCCCAGUCACGCACUGCGGGACCACCGUGCAGGUGAUCGAGGACCGGCUGAUCUACGAGAACCAGCUGAUCUCCACCAUCGAUGUCCAGGGAUCCUCCCGCGGCUUCGUCACCCGGGACAGCGUCUACAUUCUCCAGGCUCGGUGCAUCUACAAUGCCAGCGACCUCCUUCCCUUGGGAAUGGAGGUGGCUGUGCCCCCCACGGCCGCUCCGUUGGCAAUGCCGGGACCGCUGGGGCUCGAGCUCCGGAUUGCCACCGAUGAAUCCUACAGCUCCUACCACCCCGUGGGCGACUUCCCCUUGGUCAGGGUGCUCCGGGACCCCAUUUUCGUGGAAGUCCGGCUGCUCCAGAAGACGGAUCCCAACCUGGUGCUGGUGCUCCACCAGUGCUGGGCCUCUCCCGGCUCCAGCGCCGCCUCCCAGCCCCAGUGGCCCAUCCUGGUGGACGGGUGUCCCUUCCAGGGGGACAAUUACCGGACACGGAUGGUGCCGGUGGGUCCGGCCUCUCCGGAGCUGCCAUUCCCAAGCCACUACCAGCGGUUUGUCAUCUCCACCUUCACCUUUGUGGAGCCUCCUGGGAUGGCCGUGAUGGAGGGAGAGGUGUACAUUUCCUGCAGUGCCUCCGUGUGCCACCUGGCCCAGCCGGAGCCGUGCCGCCCCUCCUGCCAGCUGGGAGCAACCUCACGAGCGCGUCGGUCUCCGGGGAACAGCAGGAUGGGCGAUGGAAUGGGAACAGUCACAUCCCAGGGAUGCGUUGUCUUUCCCAAGGUUUCCAAGAGAGGGAAACCCCUUCAUCCCUAAACAACCUUUCAUCCCUCUAACUCAUUUCCUCUUCACAGCUCCUGCCUCCACCCAA